AUGCCUCCAGAAGAGGCCCACGCCCAUGGAUCCAUCGGGUUUCCCUCCGUGGUCCAGAGUCCUGAGUUAAUGGAUCAGCAGAACACUCCACGGACGCCGCAGCGGCCGUUCUCGCCCGACAAUCCUCUGGGUAUGAGCACGAGCAGUUUGCGCUCGCCCAACCUGCUCGAUAUUGACUCCAGUAAGAUCCUUCAUCUUAUGAAGACAACUUGCGGUAGAAUGCAUGGCAUUCUUUUCUUCAGACAACUACACACGACGGCAUGGGCGUCGGGUUACUGUGCUAUCAACGUUGCGCCUGGCAGCCUAGUGUGUCAGACCAAGGGCGAAGUGCAUCAAUCUAGGACAUUGAUACCCGACCUGCGAGGCUGCACUGUCAGAACUCAUUACGAUCAUGAGACUCAAAGCACCUAUUUGAGUGUGAUCAUUGCAUCUUCAGGCACUGGGUAUCAACUCCGACCGCCUGUGCCGGAAACAUUCGACUCGUGGCUCGCAGCCCUACUUUGUUGGCAGCCUUUGAGGCCGAAAGGCAUGCACAACAAAAUGACCAAGCCUCAACCGAUCAGCAUGACGGAGAAGAAGCCAGUAUCGCAGAGACGGCUGUCCGAUCUCACCAACCCAAAAGCUACGGCUAUAGUUAAGGUCGGAAAGAUGCUCCUGUGGGAUGGCCCAUUGCCAUCAGGCUCUCAAUUAGAAACGUCACCCAGUAGUCUUGGACGAUCGAUGACGGAAGGGAACUACCUUUGGCGCAGAGUGAGCUGCACUCUCCAUGAGAACGGCACGUUUCGGCUCCUCAGCGAAGUUGACAACAGGGUGCUCUCAGUCACGCCACUCUCACAACUAUCGCGUUGUGCAAUCCAAAGGCUAGACGAGAGUGUGCUGCGAAUGCCACAUUGCAUUGCAGUCUACCCUCAAUAUCGGAUAGAGACACCCGCCAUGAGACUGUCGAGACCCAUGGUGCUCUGCUUGGAGUCCAACGUCGCGCUCGAAGCCUGGUUUGUCCUCCUCCGAGCACUAACGGUGCCAGAAUUGUAUGGUCCGGAACACUUCUCUCCUGAAGACGACCAGACCGUGUCGCAGCCAUCUUCAAACGGGAACAACAUUCCCACACAAGGGAUGUUUCGUAUAGAACGCUCACUGUCCAUCAAACUCACAGAAGCGAAGUUCUCACAACGGUCUGCACUCAAAGACACAUUCGAACACAGCAAGGUAAAAGGCAAAUCUGCCAAGGCCGAUCAAAGCAAAGAAGGAGUCUACGCCGAGAUCAUGCUCGGUAAGGAUUUGAGAGCCCGAACGACAACCAAGCAGAAUGUGUCGCCCGCGUUCUGGGCGGAAGAAUUCCAUCUGGUGGAUAUACCGGCUGCGCUGUCGAAAAUCACCGUCGCCGUCAAGCUGGGGAAUCCUGCGGAGAAAGAAUGGACCAUGGUCGCUGACAGCCUCUACGACAUCUCCGCAGAUGCAGGGUACCUCUCUGGGUUGGGAGGGCUCGAGGUAUCCGCCCAUGACCCCAUUUUUGGACGCGUGGACCUCCCUCUCGAUGAGCUGGAACACUCUGGUACGAUCGAUCAGUGGUGGCCGCUGCUAGACAACAACGACCAUUCCGUUGGCCAGUUCUUGGCCAAGUUGACACUCCGUGAGACCGUCAUCUUGAUGGAGGAGGAGUACAAGGAGCUUUCAGCCAUGCUGAAUACCUACGGAAAUGGACUUACGACACAGAUUGCUCACCUACUGGGCCCCGAACUACGAGAGCUUUCAGAGAUAUUGCUCGAUAUUUUCCAAGCUACUGGAGCGGCUAAUGAAUGGAUCAAGAACCUCGUGGAAGAAGAGAUCGAUGGGACCAACAGAGAUACUCCACCCAUGCGGAUGAGGUUCAGUGGUCGCAUUCACUCUAAUGAUUCGUUUGAGUCUGCUGAGCAAAGAGAAAUGCUGGUGCGAGACCUCAGUCGGUCGGCCACAAUGGAGGCCAACCUACUUUUCCGGGGCAACUCCCUUGUCACAAAAGCACUUGACGCCCAUAUGCGACGAUUAGGCAAAGACUACAUGGAAGAGGUAUUGGGCGAGAAAAUCCGCAAAAUUGUGGAAAGAGAUCCCGACUGCGAAGUGGAUCCCAACCGAGUGCGGUCUCAGGAGCAACUGGACAAGAAUUGGGCAAACCUGAUAUUCCUCAGCAGCGAAAUCUGGAAGUCCAUUUACGUGUCAGCAUCUCGAUGUCCCAUGGACCUGCGAGUUAUUUUUCGCCAUGUCCGCUCCUGCGCCGAGGAUCGUUAUGGGUCUUUCAUCCGGACGGUCAAGUAUACCAGCGUUUCUGGUUUUCUCUUUUUGCGCUUCUUUUGUCCCGCCAUCCUUAACCCGAAGCUUCAUGGCCUUAUCCAUGAUCACCCGCCUGAUCGCACGAAAAGAACCUUCACCUUGAUCGCCAAGUCGCUGAACGUUCUUGCCAGCUUGGGCCGGUUCGGGACCAAGGAACCAUGGAUGGAGCCCAUGAAUAAGUUCUUAGCCGCUUCAACAAACCAAUUCAGAUCCUUCAUCGACGAAAUCUGUGGCGUAAGCUCAUCUCAGAUAGCCUCGGCCAGACUCGAGCCUCAAUACGCCGCGCCAAACCAAAUACGUAGCCGACUCCCAGCAUUAUCCCGGGAAGGCUUACCUAGUCUUCCUUUCCUGUUGGAUCAUGCCAAACUGCUCGCGCAAAUGGUUGACUUGUGGACCACACAUGCACCUGAAAACAUCGGUGAUGUAACUGAUGAUGAGGCUGUGCAUGCUUUCCACGCAGAAUGUGUGAAGCUAUGCCGGAAGACCAAAGAAUGCCUGAAAGCUGCGGAACAAGCUGAAAGGCCCGAUGAGAGAUCCGAGCAUACGUGGCAGCGACUGGUCACGGAUCAGCAGAAAUCAAUGCCAACCAACAGCCAGAUUUUCGACGAGUCACUUCCAAGGUCCAACAGGAACAGCAGUAUUACGGCAUUACCGCCCACCGCAGAUACUGUGACGGAGUUGGACUAUCGGGAUUCCGAACCUUCUCCCCUUGUCGGCGGAGAAGGAGAUACUACCCCUUCAAGUUCCCAAUCCCAAUGGGAUCGACGAAUCCCUUUCCCACAUCGGGCACCGGAAUCGGUGUCAUCUACAGAAGGGGGUGAUAUGGUUGAAGAGACUAGAAGACCUCAACCGAGUAGCCGAGACGGCCCAUCAAAGCUUUUUCAUCUGAUGAGCUCUUCCUCGCGACGGAGAGGCAGAGCUGGAGAACGCGGGCAUGCAGAUGAUGAUGGCCAUGACAUUUGA